AUGUCUUUCGAUCGUCUAAGUUCUCUCGAGUCGCAGCCCACGACUGUCCGGCGCGGGGAUGACCCUCAGUAUCGCGAUGAUCCCGAGUUUCACCGUCUCACGGAGAGUCUCUCGAGUCAGCUAUUCACUUUAACAUCCAAUAUAUCCCGUCUAUCCAAUCAGAUCGCAUUGCUUGGGACGAAGCGGGAUACCGAGCGUGUCCGGGAACGAGUACAUGACCUUCUAGAGGAGACGCGGGCGGGAUUCAAGGAGGCCGGUGAUGCCAUCAAGAAGGUGCAGACAUGGGAGGAUGUCAAUCCCUCUCAAAAGUGGACUCAGCAGAAGCUCUCCUCUGAAUUCAGAUCGACUCUGGAAGAGUUCCAAACAGUUCAGCGUCGAGCGCUGGAGAAGCAGCGUGCAUCUGCUGCGGCCGCGCGCACCGCUCUCGAUGAGGGUGCCCCGACUUCUCCGUCGGCAGACGCCCACCAACAACAGCAGCAGCAGCAGCUUGAGGAACCGCGACUUGCUAACCAGGAUGAAGUCGAUUUCCAAGAUGCUUUGAUCAUCGAACGCGAGGCUGAGAUCCGCAACAUUGAACAGAGUGUUGGCGAGUUAAACGAACUAUUCCGGGAUGUCGCGCAUAUUGUGCGCGAGCAAGGAGGCCAGUUGGAUAUCAUUAGCGAGAACGUCGAGAACGUUACGACAGACACUCGGGGCGCAAAUGUCGAGCUACGCAGUGCGAGCCGAUACCAGAAGAACGCAAGAAACAAGAUGUGCUGCCUGCUGAUCAUCCUGGCUGUGAUCCUGACGAUCAUUGUCCUAGCGGCAACUCUCGGCUGA